CUUCAGGACUUUCCCAAUUAGGGAACAGCAAUAUAACCUCAUGCGAGACAGAGCUGAGCCGAAAAGAUAUAAAUAUGGCCCAUAUUCCCAUUGAAAAUAUAACUUCCCAUCCUAAUCCUCUCAAACAUUCCUCCAGCAUACAAGAGACAAACCACAUAUUACAAAACCAAACCAAUUGUCCAUCAUGCAUUACAUCCUCAACCUCACCCUCAUUACCCUCGGCAUCUCCUCUGCCUCAGAAGCUCUAGGCAUCAACUGCAGAGGCAGCAGCAACUGCGGCGGCACCCUGUGUUCUCUGAGCACGAUCUAUUCUGCAGUCGAGCAGCUGCCGGACGGAAACUUAUACAAUCCAGGCCAGCACAUCGCCUGCUGCGGUGAUCCGGGCGUCGUUUCUGGACUCUGUGCGUUUACGCAGAACACGGACAAGCAGAUCUCUGCCGCUCAAGCCAAGACGCUCCUUCAGGGACUUAUCAAUCACGGUUGCCAGAAGUGCGGCAGCAACCCAUUCCAGGAUAACAAUGUUGCUGAGGGGGAACUUACUGUGAACUAUGUGUCUCAGAAGUAGAUUGGAAGUGACUGAAAGGCUAUCUGGCCUGUGAGAUUUGUGGCGAUAUAUUGGCUCCAUCUUUCUUGCAACCAUGGAGAUGGAAGAAGCCAAUGCUGGAACACAUGGUGCUGGUACCACAUCCUUACAUCGAAU